UAACCAAAGUCCACUAGGGUUUCCAAACAACCUGAAAUGCUAUCCAUUUCUUAGGGCUUUCAAGUUUCGAUCUUUUUUCCUCGUAAUCUCCCUCUAUAUACCCAACUAAAUAAAUCAGCAGAUUCAAAUUUCGUUUAAUUUCAUCAAAGAUUGAAUCUGUUUUUCAAUUUUUUUUUUCUGUUUAAUUUAAGCUGGGAAUUCUAUUUUUUUGUUGAUUUUUUUAUCAUACACAAAUUAUGCCUCCAAGAGCGGCGAAGAAAUUGCCCCCGGGGCCGGGGUCAAAGAGGGGUGGAAGGGGCGGGAGAGGGGCCGGGAGGGCCCAAGCCAAAGCGCAAGAGCCCGUUGAUGAACCUAUCAAAGUAGAGGAGGUACGUGCCGUGGAAUAUAAAAGGUCACCGCCGCCACCUUUCACGGUGGCGGAGUCGAAGAAAGAGGCGAAGUUGGAGAAGGAGCCUGAGGUUAAAUCAGUGGACAACGGAGUUGCUUCUCGGAGAAAAGAUGACGAUGUGAAAGAGUCUGGUGAUGAGUUUGAAAGGGGUGAGAGGUUAGAUUUGGAGGAUAAUGAUCCUGAGUAUGAGCCAGAAGAGUAUGGCAGUGUUGACUAUGAUGAGAAGGAAAUUGAGCAGGAGGAUGCUCGAGAAGAAUUGGAUGAAAUAGAAGAAGACCCUGUUGAGGAAGAGGCUGACAUAGUUGAGGAGGAAAUUGAAGAUGUUCAAGAGGAGCUUGAGGGUGAGGAAGAUGAUGAGCAUGAUGUUGAGGAGCGUGCUGAGAUGGUUGACAAUGAAGAAGAAGAGGACCACCAUGAGCUUGUCAAAGAAAGGCGCAAGAGAAAGGAGUUUGAGAUUUUUGUUGGGGGUUUAGACAAGGAUGCUACUGAGGAUGAUCUUAGGAAAGUCUUCAGUGAAGUUGGUGAGGUUACUGAAGUUAGGCUGAUGAUGAAUCCUCAGACUAAGAAGAACAAGGGAUUUGCCUUCCUCCGUUUUGCAACUGUAGGACAAGCUAAACGAGCUUGUUCAGAGCUCAAAAAUCCAGUGGUGCAUGGAAAGCAAUGUGGUGUUACUCCAAGUCAAGACAGUGAUACUCUAUUCCUGGGUAAUAUUUGCAAAACGUGGACAAAGGAGGCUUUGAAAGAGAAGUUAAAGCAGUAUGGCAUUGAAAACAUUGAGGAUCUUACAUUGGUUGAGGACAGUAACAAUGAUGGACUGAAUCGAGGCUUUGCUUUUCUUGAGUUUUCUUCUCGUUCUGAUGCCAUGGAUGCUUUUAAACGUUUACAGAAGAGAGAUGUUGUGUUUGGAGUUGAUAGGCCUGCUAAGGUUUCUUUUGCAGAUUCCUUCAUUGACCCUGGUGAUGAGAUCAUGGCUCAGGUGAAAACGGUUUUUGUGGAUGGGAUUCCCUCUUCUUGGGAUGAGGAUCAAGUACGUAAACUUCUGAAGACCUAUGGUGAUAUUGAAAAGGUUGAGCUUGCACGCAACAUGCCAUCGGCCAAAAGAAAGGAUUUUGGAUUUGUCACGUUUACCACCCAUGAUGCUGCAGUUACAUGUGCCAAAAGCAUCAAUAACGAAGAGCUGGGUGAAGGAGAUAGCAAGGCAAAAGUUAGGGCCAGAUUGUCUAGGCCACUUCAGAGGGGCAAAGGAAAACAUAUUGCUCGUGGGGACUAUCGACCUGGCCGUGGGCCUGUUCGGGCUGUAAGGGGUCCAUGGAGCCGUCCAGUUCCACAUGCUAUCCCUGUUCGUGGAACAAGAGGUGUUCCACCACGUAUGCCACCUGUUGUGGAUCGUGGAUUUAGAAGGCCUGCUGGUUUCAGAGAUAGACGCCCAGUUAUGGACAUUCCACCACCUAGGGCCAGAGCUGUGGCUCCCCCUCCAAGGUCCUAUGAGAGGAGACCACCUGUUGAACCAUAUCCUAAGAGUAGCUUGAAAAGGGAUUAUGGUCGCCGUGAAGAGCUUCCACCAAGGAGUAGAGCAGCUGCAGAGUAUAGUUCUAGAGUUCCUGCUGACAGGCGUGCAUCAUAUAGGGAAGACUAUUCAUCUCGUGGAUCUGGCUACCCUGAUCUGUCUAGAGUUCCUUCUCGUCCAGUGCCAAGAAGGGAUUAUGUUGAUGAUGGUUAUGGGCAAAGAUAUGAUAGGCCACCUCCAGCCUACCGUGAAAGCCGUGGCCGGGAAUACGAUUCAAUGCCUGGGUCAAAGCGUCCAUACAGUGCCUUGGAUGACGUACCUCCACGCUAUGUGGAGGCAGGGGUACGCCAAUCUCGUGCUCGUUUGGAUUAUGAUCUUAGUGGCAGUGGCAGUGCUUCUCAAUAUGGGGAUGCUUAUGGUGAUAGACUUGGGAGGUCCAGUGUAGGAUAUGGUGGUAGCCGAAGUUCCAUGUCCAGUCAAGAUUCCCAUGGGCUUUAUGGUGGCCGCCAGGCCAUGGGAUAUGGUGGAGGCUCCUAUAGUGGUAGUGAUGUUAGUGGGAUGUACUCAUCAGGCUUUAGUGGUGAUUACAUGCCUCGUGGUAGUGACGUUGGUGGAAGCUCAUAUUCUUCACUCUAUUCUGGUCGUGGCAUGGGUGGUAGUAGUUAUAUGGGAAGUGGUGGUUCUGGAUCUUACUAUUGAGAUCUGAUUUGACAAAGAGGCUAGGAUUUUGUGGAACUCUGAAACUCAUUUUGAUCCCAUCAGUUUGAGAUGUGAAGCCUUUUCGUGGCUGGAGGAGAAGAGAAUUGUACAAGUUAAUCUGAAUGGGACUGUAUUGCUCCAACUAUACUUAGGCAGUUUGGAUAUUCCAUCGUCUCGUUCAUUUCUGCUGUAUGGAAAUUUGCAAGAGAUUGAGAAGAAGAGACAAAAAUUAGUGUUUUCAAAGUAUAUUUCAUAAAGGAAAUCCCCCUGUAAGAUAUGACCAAAUUUACAGAGCGAGUAGGCCCUCUCUAGUAUUUGUUUCCAUUGACAGCUGGUUUAGUUCGAAAGGUGGGGUUGCUUUACAUGUGGUUACAGACGGUACUUAUUUUCCAAUGCAGUAUUUGCAGAUUAAAGUAUCUCAAAGCACCAUCCAGAUUGAAAUUGAUAAAUUGUUUCUCAGGUUCAGCCCUCAAAGCAAUAUGAUAAUCAUUGCAGAGAUUUGAGUACUUAAAAUUUUCAGUAUCGUUGUGUGCUAAUUAAGCAACACGGAUGGAUCUUUUAGUAACUUGUGUAUUUUUUGUACUUGUCUUCUUGAGCAUGGGAGUUUAAGAUGGCAUGCGAGUAUGAACUUCAGCCUGAAAUUAGCACAUGCUAGGAAACAGUGUCCAGUUUAUUAAUAAAAUAUUAGGCUUUGUGUGCCCAUCUUAGGUUUCUGCAAGAUGGACAUUUUCUUUAAGGACGAAUUCAGGUGAACUUGAUACAGAGGGUUCUUCUCAAA